UUGUAGACAGAAUGAUAGAUUGUAAAGAUGCGGAUCAUAUAAACGGUGUUGAAGAAAUAGACGAUCCAGAUUUUCAGCAUAUAAAUGGUGUUGAAGAAAUAGACGACAAACUACGCAAGCUUUUUGUUGGAGGCCUGAGCGAGCACACCACCGAAGAAACUAGCAAAGAAUACUUCGCACAGUACGGCGAGGUUGAAAAUAUUAAUAUUCUCAGAUAUGACGACGGAAAGUCUAGAAAAUUCGGAUUUGUGACAUACGCCAGCAAUGACGCAGCUAAGAGCUGCCUCACAGAAAAGAAAGAAAAGAAUCACAGACUGGACGAAAAGGAGAUUGAAGUAAAACGAGCCAUGCCCAGAGGCAACAAAGACAAGAAUGCUAGUUUGAAAACUCACAAGAUUUUCGUCGGAGGUCUUGAUACCGAUGUUGAUGAAGAAACAAUAAAAUCAUACUUCGAAGACACAUUCGGUGCGACCGUUACAAAGGUUGAUUUCAUCAAGGAAAAGAAACAAGAAGGCAAAGAGCAGAAGCGACGUCGGUUCUGUUUCCUGACUCUAGACGACACUGAUCUAGUCGACGAACUGUGCAUCAGACACUUCCAUGAAGUGGCCGGUACCAGGGUCGAAGUCAAGAAAGCAGAACCAAAAGGGUCUCGUCAACGGUACUAUGGCGGUUACUAUGACUACGGGUACGGUCCGUACAAUGACUAUCAUGGUUACUACAAUGGUCCUGAAUACUACAACGGUGGUGGUGGUGGUGGUGGCGGCGGCGGCGGCGGCGGCGGUGGUUACGGCUACGGCUACGGCCCAGGCUACGGCUACGGAGGUUACGACUACCCUCCUCAAUAUUACAACGGCAGUGGCCGAGGAAACACGCGAGGUGUGAACUCCCGACCCCGCUCCAACAACCCCAGUCGUGGCGGCGGACCCCAGCAGCCGCGUAAAGGAUCCAACUAUUAGGGCUGUCCUCAGUAGAGAAUAAAGAUGCAACACAACUGGUGACAUCAAAACAAACUUUACUGACACUCAACUUGCUUGAUUGCCGGGCAUGGGAUGUGAUGUCCAUUUUAGCGUUUCAGCCCAGAUCUUUAAAAUUAAAACAUGCAAAAAAGAUAGGAUAAAAGCCAGAGAAAUGGUGAAAGAUCCUGGGUCCCAUAACGUUGGAUGUCUCGUUUCCGUGCCACAGAUAAUGUUAGCAGUUCUUUUAAAUUUUACCGGAUUGAGUAAGUUGAGUCGAGUGUUGGUUGAAUGGUGUGGUUAUUGUUAACACAUGUUUAAUCAUAUCUCUUUAUUAUGUGAAACUAUAGCAAUGCAGCGCAUCAAAACUGAAUUCACACAGCGGUGUGGCCUGGAUCCAAACAUCAAAACAAAAUAAAUCAAUUUCAGAAUAUCUUAUCCCUUACCAAACACAAAUUUGCUGGUACACACGUCUAUCCCAGACGUUUAAUUGGUUCAAGAUGCGUUUUGGAAGGAUCAGUUGCCACACCGUUUUUCAAUAGAUAUAAAUGAGAUCGAUAUUGAGUUUUAUUUUCACGUUUAUAUAUAAGUUAUUUAUAACGAGCUUCGUUGUUUUAUACGAAGCCAUUUUGAAACUGGAUUUGUUUGUUUAUGACGCUGUUAAUAUAUUGUGUUGAACGCAAUAGUUAGCGUCACCAGACUACGGUGCUUUGUGAGUUGAUGGUGUCAGCGUGAGGAUGAGGAGAGGUAAAAAGUUGGACGAAUUUCAGGAAUUUGACGUUUUAUUUCUUUUAAGGAGGUGAAAAAGGUGAUUUAUCGUGAGAAUAGCCAAGGUUUUAGAUGAGUUGUGUAAGCGCGAGGUUUUCUCUCCAAUAUUUCUCUCCCCAAGUGGUAACUGGCACUGUUAGCUAGAAUGAAAAGCCCACAGAAAUUGUGAUCAACGGACAAGGCAAAGCCUGGAGUUUAUAUCCAGGUUUAAAUUACAUCAAACUAGGCUAUAAUUGAGAAUUUCUUAGUGCGGUGACCCUCUUAUCCCGCAAACUUUUUCUCUUUUGGGGGCCUGGAACGUUUAUUAAAUCUAUUAAAACAUCUGUUUCGGGUAUAUCUAGUCCAGCUUGUCCAGGCUCCAGUUUAAAGUGUAAAUUUAAUUUACCAACUUACUUCUUAUGUAAGAUAAGAUGAGUCAGAUCGUUUUAAUUACAUAACUUAUAUAUAUAUAAGAUAUUUAUUUGGACUUCAUUACGAUCUCUAAAAGAUAGGACAAACUUAACAUCUGAUGAUAAAUUAUUGCAAUUCCAACAUACAAUUAUUUUCUGUCCGGGUCGAUUCGUUAAUUUCGAUUUGUGUAUAUAUCUGAUCUCUGGGUUUUGAUGUGUCUUUCCCUGAGUGACCAGCCAAGAUUAAAUAGUAAUCGUCACUCUACCGCCGACGACUUCACAAAAAAUUGCCAAGACAAAAUAACAGAAUAUUUGCUUCUGAGUGUAAAGAAAACAAACCACUCAAAUUUGUGCUCCUUGAAAAAACAAUUCCUGCUGUAAAUCAAGUGUCUGAUUUACUGCAGUGAAAAUCAAAUGUUUUACCGAUCUAAUUUUUCAAAAAAAGGCCAAAUUCAAAUUUACCCUUUUUUCUCUGUGUCACCAGGGACAUGACAUUGCUAUGGCUCGACGGACAGGGAGCACUUAGCUAUUUAUGGGGUAUUUUGCGUCCCUGUCCCUUUCUCGGGCCUUCUUUAAAUUUGAUGAUUCAGUUAGUUGUUGUUGUUAUUAUGUAAAUUUCAUUUUGAAGUUUAAAUUAUUCUUAUA